UUUAGAUGGCUGAACCACGAGUGUCUUCAUCUUGGAAAUAAUCGGUGAAAUAAGGGAAUAUUUCAGUUUUGGAUAACAACUUGUCGCCGUGUCUGCUUGCUGCUCCACAAUGACGUCCGCUGUUUGCUCAGCUGGAGGAUUUUCGUGGUGAAAAAUAAAAAAAAGGUUGAUCCGUCACCUCCCCAGAUGUGGCCGCUACCUCUGCUGAGACUCCUGUUCAUGAACGGCGAGGGCGCUUUGAUUGAGCGGCUGUGGCUCGGCCUGGAGGGAUGACAGGACGUUAACAGACAUGGAGACAGGGGAGACACACAGACAGCUGGAAACGCCAUAUUCACUUAGUCUAGACUCUCCACGUUAGAUCCCCUCAGGACAAGAGUAAAGCCUAUUUUUUUAUAUUUUUUAUUCAGAGCUGUUUUUGUUAGUUAUCGUGAAGCCAUACUGACUUGACAGCGCCGGACGUCAGGAUGAGCUCGGAGGGGUUUCAGUACCGAGCGCUGUACGACUACAAGAAGGAGAGGGAGGAGGACAUCGACCUGCACGUGGGAGACAUGCUGCUGGUCAGUAAAGGAGCGCUGCUGGCUCUCGGCUGCGGCAACGGAGCCGAAGAACGGCCGUCGGAGAUCGGAUGGCUGCCCGGCUUCAACGAGACCACACAGGAAAAAGGCGACUUCCCGGGGACGUACGUGGAGUUUGUCGGCAGAAAGAGGAUGUCCCCGCCCACACCGAAGCCCCGCCCACCCAGACCACCAUCGGCGGCGUCGGCGAGGACGGACUCGGAGUCCGAGGGCUUCAUGUUGCCGGACCUCCCAGAGCAGUUCGGACCCCCGGACACGGCCCCCCCCCUCCUCAGCAGACUGAUGGAGGCCGUAGAGACCAAAGGUCUGGACAGUCCCGGCGUGUAUCGCAGUGUGAAUGGAGGAGGUCUGGACACCCGGCAGCUGGCCGACACUGACCUAGAGCAGCUGGAGGUGUCGUCCCUGUGUGACGGGGUGGUUCGGUUCCUGCUGGACCUCCCUGGUCCUGUCCUCCCCUCCACGCUGCAGGCCGACAUGAUCCACGCAGUGCAAGAGGUCCGAGACCCAGAGGACUGCGCCCAGGUGCUACGAGGUGUGGCGAGCUCGCCGGCCUGCCCGGCCCAGUACGGCCUGACUCUGCUCAGCGUGGUCCGACACCUCGCCCGACUCUGUUUGCACGGUUCCAGAAACCAGCUGAGCCCCCGAAACCUGGCGGAGAGCUUCAGUCCACUGCUGUUCAGACAGACUGCAGGGUCGGAGUCCGGUUUGGAUCCUCUGGUUCAGGUCCUGGAGGUUCUGAUAACCAGCGAGCUCAACAUGAACCAGGCUGCACCAGCUUUACCUCCUAAACCAGUGAAGUCGUCGACUCCAGCAGCUUCCAGUAGUUUUAACAACAGUAUGGCUCUGCAGGACGCCGAGUGGUACUGGGGAGACAUUUCCAGAGAGGAGGUGAACGAGAAGCUGAGAGACACAGCUGACGGUACAUUUCUGGUCCGAGACGCCUCCACGAAGAUGCACGGAGAUUACACUCUGACUCUGAGGAAAGGAGGCAACAACAAACUGAUAAAGAUUUUCCAUCGGGAGGGGAAGUACGGCUUCUCCGACCCGCUGACCUUCAGCUCGGUGGUGGAGCUGAUCAACCAUUACCGCCACGAGUCUCUGGCCCAGUACAACCCCAAACUGGACGUCAAGCUGCUCUACCCAGUCUCCAAGCACCAGCAGGACCAGGUGGUGAAGGAGGACAGUAUUGAAGCUGUGGGGAAGAAGCUCCACGAGUAUCACCUGCAGUACCAGGAGAAGAACCGAGAGUACGACCGGCUGUAUGAGGAGUACACCAGGACGUCGCAGGAGAUCCAGAUGAAGAGGACGGCCAUCGAGGCGUUCAACGAGACCAUCAAGAUCUUCGAGGAGCAGUGUCAGACUCAGGAGCGCUUCAGCAAAGAGUACAUCGAGAAGUUUCGCCGGGAGGGCAACGACAAGGAGAUCCAGAGGAUCAUGGAGAACUACGACAAGCUGAAGUCUCGCAUCAGUGAGAUCGUGGACAGCAAGCGCCACCUGGAGGUGGAUCUGAAGAAACAGGCCGCCGACUACAGAGAGAUCGACAAGAAGAUGAACAGCAUCAAACCAGACCUGAUCCAGCUCCGCAAGACCAGGGACCAGUACCUCAUGUGGUUGACACAGAAGGGAGUCCGUCAGAGGAAACUGAACGAGUGGCUCGGUCUGAAGAACGAAACCACAGAGGACGAGUACAGUAUGGUGGAGGAUGAGGAGGACCUUCCUCACCACGACGAGCGACUGUGGCGUCUGGGAAACAUCAACCGCAGUCAGGCCGAGUCUCUGCUCCGAGGGAAGCGAGACGGCACCUUCCUGGUCCGAGACAGCAGCAAACCGGGCUGCUACGCCUGCUCCGUGGUGGUGGACGGAGAGGUGAAACACUGCGUCAUCAACAAGACGAGCACCGGUUACGGUUUUGCGGAGCCCUACAACCUGUACGGAUCCCUGAAGGAGCUGGUGCUGCACUACCAGCACACCUCGCUGGUCCAACACAACGACUCGCUCAACGUCACGCUGGCCUUCCCCGUCUACAGCCAGCAGAGACGGUGACCCGCCCACUUCCUCCUCGUUUAUACCGCCAUCGCAGACCAGCGGCCAGACCUCGUUUACACACCCGACCGCCACCCCUCCCCCCAGAACACGAGCCAGUUAGUCCGACACGCCUCACCAAAUGAACGGGAGGGAAGUCAACACCUCCCUUGUCUCUCCUCGCAGACCAGUACCUGACCACACGAUGCUUUUCACUCUGAACGCGUCACGUUUAAAGCUCGGCGUGAGAAGCCGGCUCGAUGACGACAGACGUCAAGCUGCACUUUGUUUAACAGACAAUAAAAAGAAUCAGUCCUGGUGCUGGGUUCCUAAGGUUCACUAAGGUAAGACACAUGCUACGAGGAGUGAAAUAAAAUGAACCAGGAGGAAAUGAGGGGUCAGUACAGAAGGUCGUCUUAAAUCUGGCACCUGGCACCUCGACUGUGACGAGUCCUGUUGGCUCUUCCACACCUGGAGGAUUCUGUGCAGCAGGUACAAACAAGCCCUGAUACGGUAAAACUAUAUGGAUCCUUCAAAAAAAAAGGAUCAUAUGAAGGAACAGAAACACAUGAGAGGAGCAUGUUGCCGAUCACGAUGAUCUGUGGCUGCAAACAAAAACAUAAUGAUGUUUCUGUCAAAGGUCUCUUUACUGAAACGUCACUAUUCAGUAAAUUUACCCUCAGUGAUGACUCAUCAUUUAUUCUCCCACUCACCUGUCUGAGCUCAGGUGUGACUGGGUAUUGUUUGAAUUUUAUUUUAACACAACAGCAAAGCGUUUUAGUAACGAUACCACAGCUGUUCUUUUUUUAAUUUUUCCUCACGUUGAGAAAUUUUAACGUUUUUCUACAAAAUCCCUUUUUGCAGCGUUUUCAAAUGUUCAGACUGAAACUGGAAAAUUAAAAUCAGGAACACGAGUUCAUGGAUCUGAGCAGACGUGUGAACGCGUUGGUCCGCGGCUCUUCUUCCCUUAAAAUGCUUGAGACUCGUUUCUUUGUUCAAGUGAAGCCGAUGAUUUCGGUCCAGUCGUGUUAUGCGUUGCGGACCGGUCCUCACAGCUCAGGCUCUGAUUGGUUCACAGGAUGUCUGAACGUCAAACAUUAGAGAACAAGACUCAAAAAUCCACUUCCUUGACUCGGACUCUCCAGGUCCCGUUUUAUAGAAAUUAUUAUAAAAUUAUAAAAUUCAGUAACUCUGUCACGUAGACAUAUAAAAAAAAAAUGGUGACUAAAACAGGGAGUCUCGUUGUUUUCCCCUGAACGUCUCUGAGGGUUGGAGUUCGUCGCCAUCGUGGCCUUGAGGUCCAGAGUUUGAAACGAGUCCCAUGUGAUUUUUGACGCCGCGGCUGCUUUGAUUUUCCAGUUUACUGUCUGUGGAGAAACGAGGUACUGUACGGAGGUCGGAGGUCGGAGCUGGUCUGGACUGAACUAAUGACUCCUCCUUUAAUCACAGCACUGAACUGCUGGUCCAGCACGCUUCAACAGAACAGAACCACAGCUGGACCGGUCUCUGAAGCUACACUUGUGGACCAAUGAUGAUGAUGAUGAUGAUGUCAGAUGCAAAAUGACGGACAAUCCAGAGAGAGACUUCUUGCAACCACUGUGAGUGACUCUGAACGAGGUUUAACAUGAGGGCGAAUCAGCUGAUCCGCAUUUCAUAUCAGGAGAAAAACCUGCAUCCCGAGCUCAUCCAAAGCCCCCCUCCCCCACCCCUCUCACCCCACCCCGAAAAACCCCACCACCAGUGUUUUCCAGGUUCCUGUUUCUUCAGGUCUCGUUUGGACGUUGGGAGUCAUAGUUUUUGGUGGCUGGUUUAGUUUUUGCAGAAUGGACGGAUGAGUUCUUUAUUCUUUCAUUUCAACAAACCUCCGUCAGCCCAAAGUCCUGGUCCCGGACACAAAGAUCCUGCUGGAUCAAGACUGUAAGUCCGGAAUGACGAGAACUGGAUCUCAUUUUGCAUCCAAACACUUCUGGAUUUAACCGGACGCCUCGUGGACGACACGACGCUCGGCUGAUUUAAACCACAACAUUUUGUCUUUAUGGAUUAUUUUUCUUUUUUGUGCAUAAAGACACUCGACUUCCUCUAAGAGGCGCCAGGUACAGGAGAGGAGACGGUCUACAAGAAUUUGAGGGAGUCUGUAGUCAUGGUAACCACCUGGUCGUGCCCUCACAGCACACAUUACGAAAUGUUUGGAAAUGUCCUGAAUUUUUCAAGUUCUGGUGUUUUCUGUUUUUUUGUUUUGUUUUGUUUUAUUUUUCUGAGUAUUGUCUGUGACACCUGGUAGAUUCUGUGAGGGAGGAGCAACUCAAAACACUUCAAAUUAAAACCAACAAAAACCUGUAACAUUAGAAAAUAAGAAGUCAUGAAGAGUUAAUUGUUUAGGAUCUGAUUAAUAAAACAGUUGGUCUGAUCAUCUGAAGGCCUUUAUACUGAAAUACUGAAACUUCCUGU